GAAAAGGUUCAUCCAUUGCCAUACAUUCGCCAUGAGCCCUGAAACGUCUAAUGACCUAGCGAUCAAAAAGCACAUUGCAUACUUUCUGUACAAUCUGCGCAUGAUGCCCGCGCCUUACACGGAAACAGAAACCAACAGGUGGGAGAACUGUGCCUUUAUGCAAAUGUAGCUAGGUGGCCGACACUGACAGGCAAAACCCUAUGUAGAAUGACUCUGGCGUUUUUCUGUUUGGGGUCGUUGUCCUUACUCGGCCAGCUCGACAGUGCUGUCUCUGAGAAAGAUAGAAAGGAAUGGAUUGACUGGAUAUAUGCACAACAAGUUCUACCAGAUCCUGAAGACCUGGACAAAAGUAGAUAUACAUGUGGUUUUAAAGGAUCUUCGUGGGCUGGUCAUUCCUAUGAUCCUCAAGCGACAAGUACGAAAUAUGAUCCGAACGACACCGCCAGCAUUCCAAAUACCUACACUGCACUGGCCAAUUUACUUCUCCUCGGCGAUGAUCUCUCUAGAGUAAAUACAAAGGCUAUCGCCACAAUGUUAAAGCAUCUACAGCAAGAAGAUGGAAGUUAUGCUCCAACUUAUGGAAGCUCGGAAACAGACAUUCGAUUUGUUUUUUGUGCUUGUGUGAUCAGCCAUAUACUUGACGACUGGUCUGGUGUAGAUAUAGACCGAGCUACAGCUUUCAUUAGAAAUUCUCAGUCAUAUGAAAACGCAAUGGGACAAUCUCCAGAAGGAGAAGCUCAUGGAGGCUCCACGUUCUGCGGAGUGGCAGCGUUGACAUUGAUGGGAAAGUUGAAGGAAGGACUAGUCGACAGAGAUGAAUUAAUCAAAUGGUGCUUGGCACGUCAAAUAAGUGGGUUCCAAGGUCGGCCAAAUAAGAAGGAAGACACAUGCUAUUGUUUUUGGAUUGGAGGUGCUUUACAGAAUCUCGGAGCAUUUCACCUAGUCAAUGAUGCCAAUCUACGCAGCUUCCUAAUGUCCACGCAAACCAUAAGAGGAGGAUUUGGUAAAGAUUCGGAAUCGCCACCCGACGUGCUACACUCGUACAUGGGCCUCGCUACGCUAUCUUUGAUGAAGGAACCCGGUCUGACGGAGCUGGAUACGGCACUCAAUAUACCAAUAGCUGGAGUCAACCAUCUUCGUAAACUCCGUGGCCAUCAAUGAAGCGCAAACAUCAGACAAUUAUUCCUUCAAUAAAAAAAUAGAAAUAUUUACCAGAUA